GCUGCAAUCGCUUGAGAGUGUUUUCCUAUUCGGACAGUGACGAUUUGUUUUUCAGCAGUGCGGUGUAUUUUUCCUCAAUUUUCUCACAAAAUACCCAUAAACUUGUAGUGAAAUGGCCUCUGAGCGGUACAGCUUUUCCCUGACAACAUUUAGCCCUUCAGGGAAGCUGGUUCAGAUUGAAUAUGCCCUGGCGGCUGUGUCAGCUGGAGCCCCAUCUGUGGGUAUUAAGGCCACCAAUGGUGUGGUCCUGGCCACGGAGAACAAGCACAAGUCCAUUUUGUACGAUGAGCACAGUGUAAACAAGGUGGAAAUGGUGACAGAUCACAUUGGGAUGGUUUACUCAGGAAUGGGUCCGGAUUAUCGGUUGCUGGUGAAACAGGCCCGCAAAAUGGCCCAGCAGUACUACCUCGUAUAUCAGGAGCCAAUUCCCACGGCUCAACUGGUGCAGCGUGUGGCUACGGUGAUGCAGGAAUACACGCAAUCCGGAGGAGUUCGUCCCUUUGGUGUUUCCCUGCUCAUCUGCGGCUGGGACAAUGAUCGUCCCUACCUGUUCCAGUGUGAUCCAUCUGGAGCCUAUUUCGCAUGGAAGGCUACAGCCAUGGGGAAGAAUGCUAUCACCGGGAAGACAUUCCUGGAGAAACGCUACAGCGAGGAUCUUGAGCUCGAUGAUGCCGUUCACACGGCCAUCCUGACACUCAAAGAGGGAUUCGAGGGUCAGAUGACCGCUGACAACAUCCAAGUGGGCGUUUGCGAUGAAAAUGGCUUCCGGCGGCUCGAUCCUUCGACUGUGAAGGAUUACUUGGCGAAUAUUUAAGCAGCAUUUUUGGUGAUGUUUCAUCUGAAUUCUAAUUAAACUCGGUUUUACACAAUAAAAA